GAUUAGUAGUAACUAGAAAGCUCUCUACAACUUUGCAGUAUCCUUCAAGUUACUGUUAAUUUCGUUUCCUACUGAAUGACAUAUAUGACUACCACUCAAUAUAUAUAAAGCAUCAAUACCUAACAUUAAGAAGAAUUUGUCUCUCUCAAUCCAUGCGCAAAUGGAGAAGGAGAGGACCAAGGAUAUAGAAUUAAUGGAAGAAAGUGGUGGAAAAGAGGAAACCCUACCACCGGGAUUUCGAUUUCAUCCUACAGAUGAAGAACUCAUCACUUGCUAUCUCAUAAACAAGAUAUCAGAUUCUAGUUUUACAGGCAAAGCAAUAACUGAUAUAGAUCUCAACAAAUCUGAACCAUGGGAGCUACCAGGGAAGGCAAAGAUGGGAGAAAAGGAAUGGUACUUUUUCAAUAUGAGAGAUCGUAAAUAUCCAACCGGUGUGAGAACGAAUCGAGCAACAAACACCGGAUACUGGAAGACCACAGGGAAAGACAGAGAAAUCUUCGACAGUGUUACAUCGGAGUUGGUUGGAAUGAAGAAGACAUUGGUCUUUUACAAAGGCAGAGCUCCUCGAGGAGAGAAAAGUAAUUGGGUCAUGCAUGAAUACCGUAUUCACUCUAAAUCCACCUUUAGAACAAACAAGCAGGAUGAAUGGGUGAUUUGUCGGAUUUUCAAGAAGAGUGGCAGUGGAAAAAAGUACCCUUGUAAUUCUAGUUCCAACAACAAUACAAGAGCAGGAUUGAAUCCUUAUAGCAUGCAUGAAAUAGGUCCUAAUAACAUAAAUCUGAUAUCGAUGCCACCACCACCAAUGAUGCAGUAUCUGCAUGAAGAUUUUCCUUCUGCUCCUCGUAAUUUCCUUUACGGACGGAAUCAGCAUAAUAAUAAUUACAUCAACUGUAGUACUACCGCACCAAUGAUGCAAUAUUCCCAGUUGAACUACCCUGCAUCUUCAGCAACAGUAGGAGAAGGAUUCAGCAUUUCAGGGCUUAAUUUGAACCUUGGAUCGGGCGGAGGAGGAGGAGCUACCACAACAACACAAACCACUUUGCGGCCAAUGCAACAUUCCCCACAUUUUGCUCAUGCAACAAUGAAUAGUUAUGUUGAUGCAGAUCAGAAUAUUAUUAAUAAUAUUGGAGUACUAGAAACCAUGAGCAACAGCAAUAAUGACUCAAAUGGUAAUAGGUACAUGGGAAUGGAGAACUGCAUUAAUGGUCUAGAUACUUACUGGCCUAAUUCCUACUAAAUUAAUUAUCGUUAGGAGACCGGUGAUUGGUUAGACUUGAAUAUGAAUAAAUAAUUAAAUAGUAGUUAUCUAUAA